CAAAGACUUUGACCUUAAAGUAUACAACUCUAACUGUGUCAGUCUAAGUCUGCAUACUGGAAAGCAUGACAGAAACAAUCACUCUCUCCACGGGUCAGCAGAUGCCAUCGGUGGGCCUAGGAACAUGGAAAAGUGCCCCAGGACAGUUGAAGCAGGCUGUUCUAGCAGCGUUAGACUGUGGCUACAGGCACAUUGACUGCGCAGCGGCUUACGGCAAUGAGCGGGAGGUCGGAGAGGCCCUGUCUGAACUACUUGGACCAGGAAAAUCCCUGAGACGAGAAGACAUUUUUGUGACCUCCAAGUUGUGGAACACCAAACACCAUCCAGAUGAUGUCGAGGAGGCCUGCAAAAGGUCUUUGUCAGAUCUGAGGCUCUGUUAUCUGGACCUGUAUCUCAUGCACUGGCCAAUGGCCUUUGAGAGAGGAGAAGAGCUGAUGCCGAAGCAUCCUGAUGGCACUAUUCGAUAUGAUGAAUCUCACUACAGAGACACAUGGGCAGCCAUGGAGAAGCUGCACUGUUAGAAAUUUCUUGUAAUUUUACAGGAAAUUCCUGGCUAAUAGUUGCCGUAAAUUUACUGUAAACAGUAUACAGGACUGCUAUUGUAAAAUAACUACAACAAGAUACUGUAAUUUUACAGGAUAGAAUACUGUAAAUUUUACAGCAAAAUUUUAUAUUUACGGCAACUCAGUAGCCAGGAAUUUCCUGUAAUUUUAGGUAUUUUCUGUAAUUUCAUAGGACAGCAUAUUGUAAAUAUUACAAUUAAAUAUUGUAACUU